UUCACUUUACCAUUAUUUAAAGAGACAUACAUCCAUUGCUCCCACUUGAAUGAGAGAGAGAAGAUGGCGAAUGUAAACAAAAAGAGAGUGUGUGUGACUGGUGGAACAGGUUUUCUUGGAUCAUGGACGAUCAAGAGGCUACUUGAAGACGGCUACUCCGUCAACGCCACCGUCAGACUCCAUCCAGACCAAAAGAGGGACAUUAGCUACCUCACGAAUCUACCCGGCGCGUCCGAGCGGCUGCGGAUCUUCAACGCCGACUUGGACGAGCCGGACACCUUCGCGGCUGCCAUCGAAGGAUGCGACGGCGUGUUCCACAUGGCCCACCCGCUCGACUUCGCCGAGAAAGACACCGAAGAGGUGAAGCUCAAACGCGUCACCACCGCCCUACACGGCAUCCUACGCGCCUGCGCCGACUCCAAAUCGGUCCGCCGCGUCGUCUACACCUCCAGCGUCUCCGCCGCCCUCUUCAGCGCCGCCACCAACGACGAAAACUCGUGGACCGACGUGGAGCUCAUCCGCAGCCUGAACACCUUCGGAGGGCCCUACGUCGUGACGAAGACGGUGGCGGAGAGAGCCGCAAUCGAUCUGGCGGCGGAGCUCGAUUUGGACCUCGUCUCCGUGUUGCCGACGUGGAUCACUGGCCCUUUCAUUUGCCCUAAUUUGCCGGAUACUGUUCACAUCUCCAUGGCCUUGAUUAAUGGUGACAAGGGACACUACCAGCACCUAAAAGAAGCGAGUUUAGUCCACGUGGAUGAUGUCGCUCGGGCGCAUAUCCAUCUGCUGGAGUAUCCGGAAGCGAAGGGGCGAUAUAUUGUUGCCGCGGCUCAGUUCACUAUUGAUGAGCUCUCUCAUUUCCUUGCUGCUAAAUAUCCACAUUAUCAGAUGCCUUCUUCAGAUGUGUGGAAAGAUGUGACGGCGGUGAAAUCGUCGGGGCUGUCGACGAAGAAGCUGGAGGAAACGGGAUUCAAGUAUGAGAAUGGAUUGGAUGAAAUGUUUGACGACGCAAUUAAAGCAUGCAAAGAGAAAGGGCUUAUGUAGAUGUAUUUGAAUGAAUUCGAUUAUGGUUUCAUCUUGAUUUGAAGUUUAAUUGUGUGUUUUCUCGUGCAAAAAUUGGGAGGAAUAAACGUUGUUCGUGAUGUAAGUACUAGUAUAAAAAUUUAAGGUUACAAAAUAAUGAAGAUUUUUUUUAAGAUGAGAAGCAGCACCAGCGCCGACGCCACCUCUCUUUUCAAAAUCGGUUAAUAGUUAGGCACUAUUUUUGCAAAAUCAUACUUAUAACAAAGUAGUGUAAGUGUAACCUUUUGUUACACGAUAUUCACUAUUCGUAGAUCUUGCAAGUGUAAACACGUAGUAGUACAUUGUUAUACGCUAUUUGCAAAUUGAAAACCGUAUAACAAUUGUUAUUUUCA